AUGGCAAAACUCAACACUUCCUUGCUACUUCUCUCCUUCCUCCUUUGCACCUUAUGCGGGGGAGGCUCCACCGCUGGCACUGCAAGGCCUUCUGGGGAUGCUGGUUUCAUCAAGGCCUCUUGCAGUGCUACCCUCUACCCUGCCUUGUGCUUCCAGUCCCUCUCGAAACAUGCCAGCGCCAUUCAACAGAGCGAGAAGCAAUUGGUACUGGCUGCCCUAUCGGUGAGCCUAGCCAGCGCUCGCUCUGCUUUGGUGUUCAUGUCCAACAUGGCCAAAGCCAAGGGCCUGAAGCCUAGAGAGUACCAAGCGGUGAAAGACUGCAUGGACGCAAUGGGUGAUAGUGUCGACCAGCUAAGCCAGUCGGUUAAGGAGCUGGGACAGGUAGGGGGAGCUGGUGCAGGUCAGGACUUCAUGUGGCACAUGAGCAAUGUGCAGACUUGGGUGAGUGCUGCGCUCACUGAUUACACCACCUGUGUUGAUGCCUUCGCAGUUGAUGGCUUGGACCAGCGUGUGACAGCUGCCAUUAAAGCUAAGGUUACAGAUGCUGACCAAGUCACCAGUAACGCGCUUGCGCUGGUUAAUCGCUUUGCAGAGAGGCACCAAGCUGCUGCAACCAGGACUGAAAAGCCUUAG